UCUUUCCAUCAUAUGGCUGAACAUCGCAACUUUCUUUGGUUGACCCGAUUCAGGGCUCGUCAUUCAAUUGCCACUCUCUUGGAGGACAUCGAUGGAAAGAUCAAAAACAUACAGCUAAAGAAAAACAGAUAUAACGAUCUUUCUCGCCUUGGUUCCUCAUCGAGCAAUCCUUACACAUACAUUCCUUUUCGAAUCGCUCCCUUGUUUGUGGAAGAUAAUGCUGAUAUAGUGGGCAUUGAAGAAUCUAAAGAUAAAAUCACUUCAUGGAUACACGAGAGAGCAUCAAGCUAUAAGGUGGUGUUUGUGGUUGGUAUGGGCGGAUCUGGAAAGACAACUCUUGCAAGACAAGUGUAUAAGAGGGUGAAGGAUGAAUUUGUUUGCUAUGCCUGGAUCAUCACUUCGAGGUCUCCCAAGAAGCACAAAGUAUUAUCAACGAUGUUGACGAAAUUGAAGAAUCCCAUUGAUGAGCCAACUCCUCAAACUUUCAAUAACUUCAGUGAGGUUGAUUUGAUGGAAAACAUAAGAAACCACCUACAGGGUAAGAGGUACAUAAUUGUUAUUGAUGGCCUGCAGGUUAAAGAAAUAUGGGACUCCAUUGAACACACAUUGCCUAAAAAUAUUGGCGGCACAGUAAUUGUCACAUCUCAAAGGAGCGACAUUAUUAAUUCUUAUGGACAUAAUAAUAAUGUCCUUGUCCAUCAUAUUCAACCUCUUUCUGAUGACAAGGCCUGUGAACUCUUCUAUAAAAAGGCUUUCCCUGAGACCAAAAUGUGCGGUAGGUUUAAUGGAGCGGUCCAAGAGCAUCUUACAAAGAUGCAUCUCAAAGGAGCGACAUUAUUAAUUCUUAUGGACAUAAUAAUAAUGUCCUUGUCCAUCAUAUUCAACCUCUUUCUGAUGACAAGGCCUGUGAACUCUUCUAUAAAAAGGCUUUCCCUGAGACCAAAAUGUGCGGUAGGUUUAAUGGAGCGGUCCAAGAGCAUCUUACAAAGAUGUGAAGGAUUGCCUGCUGGGAUCAUUGAAAUUGGCCAGAGUUUGUCCAAUUCAGAAAAGACUGAAUCAGAAUGGAAAAGGGUGUAUGACAACAUCGGAUCAUCAAGUAUCAAUGGUCAUCUUUCAAACACAGUGAGAGUGCUUUCCAUGAGUUGCAAAGAUGUACCCCACUAUCUUAAGGUUUGUCUCCUAUACUUGAGUAUUUUCCCAGAGAGAUUCCCAGUUGAUUGCAGAAAGUUGGUGAGACUUUGGGUAGCUGAGGGUCUCAUUACAACAGAUGAACAAACAAACGAAGUUGAACAGAUUGGAGAAGGCUACCUAAAGGAGCUCAUUAAUAGGAACUUGGUAAAGAUAUGUGAAAAUGAUUUUGAUGGAAGGCCAAGGAGUUGUUGGCUCCAUAAUUUCAUGCACAAAAUUAUCCUUGCACAGUCUAGAGACGAGGAUUUUUGUGCUAUUUGUACAGAAAACACAAGCGAGAAAAGUCGCCGGCUCUCUGUGCAAGACUUAAACAUGCCCCUUGGUAGAUUCACUUCUGCUCGCACUGUCCUUGUGUUGGGUGGAGCACGGGCUCAUCAUCCCAUAAUGGGGGGGUUCUAUACAUUUCCAGAAAACAUAAACUUUCUGAAAGUAUUAGAAUUGGAUGGUGUCAAUUUGGACAAGUUUCCGAUUGCAAUAUCAGGGCUAUUACUGUUAAGAUACUUAAGUCUAAGGAGUACGAGAAUAAAGGUCAUCCCCGAUACUAUAGGAAACCUACAGUACCUUGAAACCUUGGAUCUCAAGUAUACUCUUGUAAGAACUAUGCCCGAGAAAGCAUUAGCCAAACUAACCAAGCUACGUCAUCUGUUUAUCUAUUCUUACAUAAUAAACAAUGGUUAUGUGGCUUUUGAUGCAGUACAAGGGUUUGAAGCUUCGUCAAAGAUAGUGAAACUGACUAAGCUGAGGAAGCUAGCAUUUGUAAAGGCAAAUCACGAGUUGGUUUGUGCCCUUGGAAGCCUACAUGGGUUGAGAAAGCUUGGAAUAAUUGAUCUACAAAGAAAAGAAGGGAAAAAUUUAUGCAGCUCUAUUAAGAUGCUUACAAACCUUUGCUCCUUGAGCAUAUCGUCACUGAGUGUGAAUGAAUGCCUAGAUAUAUGUUCAAUAGACUGCCCACCUCCACUUCUUCGACGUUUAUACCUGAAAGGAUGCCUAGAGGGCCUUCCCUCUUGGAUCUCUAAGCUCCAUGACCUUGCCAGGGUGCGACUAAAGUGGUCCAAACUGAAACCAGAGUUUAACCCUAUUGAUAUCCUUGGAUCUCUUCCAAACCUGUUGGAGCUCCAACUACUGGAUGCUUAUGAGGGACAGCAUCUACACUUCUUCGCAGGACAGUUUAAAAAGCUCCAAAUAUUAGACUUGGAGCAAUUAAGAAAACUUAAAGUGAUAGUUAUGAAUAAUGGUACGCUACCUCAACUAAGUAAACUGAUUAUCAAGCAAUGUUCAAGCCUAGGGCAAGUUCCGAAAGGCAUUUCUAAGCUCACUCAGCUAAAGAAGUUUGUAGUCUGGGACAUGCCACCUAGUUUUCAGAAUAAGCUAAAGAAAAAAGGAGAACACUAUGGUCUUGUGCGCCACAUUCCACAUAUCGAGUUUUUAACUCCAACAGGUAUAAUGAUUUAG